UCAGGCAGAGUAGGAGAACUCACAUAUUCAGCAGUGGAGAGGCGCAUCCUGCACCACACCACAGCUUGUGGCAGUCUCGGAAAUUUUACCUGCGGGCUGAAUCAUGUCCUUGAGCCCUAAGCACUCAACUCCUUUCUCAGUGACAGACAUUUUGAGCCCGAUCGAGGAGACCUACAAAAAGUUUGGUGGCAUGGAUGGAACAGGGAACCUUGCGUCUCCGCUUGGCGCGUACCGACAGCCGCAGGUAUCUCAGCCGAGCAUGCAGCAGCACGCCAUGGCGCACAACACCGCUGUUGCUACUACCUACCACAUGCCUCACGGGGUGUCCCAGUUCACCCACACGGCCAUGGGAGGAUACUGUAACGGGAGCAUUGGCAAUAUGGGCGAUCUUCCAUCUUACCAAGACACCAUGAGGAACGGAGCAACGGCAACGGCUUGGUAUGGCGCAAAUACCGAAACCCGCUACCCAACCAUUUCUAGAUUUAUGGGGAGCUCGACUGGCAUGAACAUGGCUGGAAUGGGGACCCUGACCGGGAUGGAUGCCACAAAAUCUAUGGUGACUUUACACUCUGCUCCCCGACGGAAGCGCCGCGUCUUGUUCUCCCAGGCUCAGGUGUACGAGCUGGAAAGGCGCUUUAAACAGCAGAAGUAUCUCUCGGCCCCUGAGAGGGAGCACCUGGCCAGUAUGAUCCACCUCACACCGACGCAGGUUAAGAUUUGGUUUCAGAACCACAGGUACAAAAUGAAACGCCAAGCCAAGGACAAAGCGACACAACAGCUACAGCAGGAGGGAAAUUUGUGCCCACAGACGCAGUCGCCGAGACGGGUGGCAGUUCCCGUUCUCGUGAAGGACGGCAAGCCGUGCCAGAACGGCUCCAACACGCCAACAUCAGGACAUCAGCAGGUGCAACAACAAAGCGUUUCUAGUGAGGUGAUUGCGGCAGGCAAUACAAUCCUUCAGCAUCAGAGCCAGGCAGUCAACCCCUUGGGUUCCCCCGAAGACCUGGACGACAUGUCACCGAGCCCUCCGAUUCUACAUGGUCAGAUGGGCAACAUGUCGCAGACAGAUGCUGCUCUGAUCGAAUACACCAGUAACAUGGUCAACUCCAACCUGCUCUAUGGCAGAACUUGGUAGACUGCUUGGGCAACUGCAAUAAUCCUUUGUUUUUGUAAUUUUCCCUGCAACAACUGAAAAGGAUGUUUGGGUAAUAUUAACAAGGAACUCCUUUUUUUGGACGCAAGACAGCGACUUGACAAAGUCUACAUUUUUUUAACAUCUGAAAGGACAGUUUGCCAGUGUAUACAAGAUACCCGUCUCAUUUCAAUAUAUUUUGACACAUUGCGCAACACACACAAGAAAGUGUUAAAAUAAUUGUUUUCUAAUAUAUGGGACUGGGAAAAAGAGAACAUUUUGUUAAUUAAAAACGUACAACAAAGCCAAUUUUCAACUAAUUAUUCUACCUGAUAAGACUGAACAGUACUUUUUAGGGGCUUGGGGAUGUACAUAUCUGGCACGACGGUCAGAAUUUACGCAUUGCCCUUACAAAUGUACAUUGUGUUUUACUUCAAAUAUUUUGUAAGUUAAUCAUAACGCCA